AUGGCUACAUUGCUUGAGCCAAUUGCGUCAGCAACACUAUUCAUUCUUUUGCUAUUCUCACAAUCUCAUUUUUUCCUCAAAACGCACAACAGUUGUCAUAGAGAGGAAAGAUUUAUUGCUCUUACGGUGAAUCAGCAACGACUUGGUAAUCAGUUAUUCCACUUAGCCGCGGGAUAUGGAAUUGCACGAAAGGCUCAACGAACAUUUUAUUAUCCAAUGAUAGAGUCACGAAGAAAAGUGCGCUAUUAUCUCAAGAACAUAGCUGAGACAUUUCCGAAGACUGUGCAAAUGUACAAAAUUUUCCAGGCUGCAGAUAUCAAACAAAUGGUGAUAAAGUUCGCCUCUGACGAAGACUGGUUCUUCAAAGGGUGUUGCUUAUACGAGGACCCCACCAGAUUUGUUGAUCACCCAGCGAAAUUUAUUCUGCUGAGCCAAAGAUUUGCCCAAAAUGCACGCUAUCUGGAAGAUUAUCUGCCAGAAUUGAGGGAGUUAUUCCGUUUUUCGGAUAUUGCAAAAGAAAGAGGAGAAGCUGACAUGCGUAAAUUGCAAAUAGGUAAUGUGAGCGAUUUCUUAUGCAUACAUAUACGUACAACCGACUUUCUGGACUAUGGUGUUGCAUCCGAUAUGAACGGUACGGUGUCAGCUGCUGAGUUUGUCGCCAAGGCCCAGAUGCUUCGACAAUUUCUGCUGUUGGGUGACGACAAGGAUUUCAUGCGAAAUCUAGCCAGAACUAUAGUGUUAAAUGACGAGAAAAGGACUGUUCGUAUAUCCACUUUUUCGGAAAUGUCCGAGUUUUACAUCUCUUCUCAGCUUUGCAAAUCGUUUCUCCUUUCUGCGCCAACAUCCACUAUGGGUUGGUGGUUGGCUUUCUUCACGAAAGACCAACAAGCUGUAUACUAUUAUAAAGAUCGACGGAAGGCCAGGGACUACAAAAUGUUGAGCGAUGAAUUCUUUCUGAAGUCUUGGCAUCGAGUAAAUGGCUGA